UUUUCAACGAAAAAUGGCUUCAAACAGAUCUGUUUAUCAAAAUUCUUCAACCUUGAUCAACAUUUGUAUAAACGACGAUUUGAAAUAUCGUAAUUCAAGCGAGUCGAAUGUAGAUUGCAAAAAUAAGCAGAAAUUUUACAAGGAAGAUAUAUGUAAAAAUGAUUCAUCAUCGACCUAUUACACAUCGUGCGAAAGCAAUUUGAAGGAACAGGAAAAUUCAAAAAUCCUCGAAGAAAAGGAACCGUUCGAAUCUAUCAGUGCUCCGCUCUCCCAAUGUUACAACAUCGCAGAAACGGAUCCUCUGGUCGAAGAGUUACUUAGACAACUUCCCAGAACGACAGACGACUAUCGCAAACACUGGGAAAUGGUACUGCACUGCGAGAGGGCCGCGUUUCCAAGGACGGAGUCGAAUUUGCCCCUGCCCUCGAGGGAGGUACGUAUAUGCGGAGGAAAGCCCGGCGAAUUCAAAAGCCGAGAACUCAAUUAACCCGAACGGCUAGAACUCAAUUACGAAUGUCGGUCGGCGGGAACGAAUGCGGUGGCCGGUAAUUAAAAAAUUAAAAUUAUUAUGCCCAGGCCCGUUUCUACUGGCACUUGUACUCAACCGCGGUGAAAAACUCGCGUAUGUACCAAAAACAAGUGAAUCACGCUCUCCUCGUUACGUUGGCCAAGUAAGAAUCUAAUGGUUAAUUCAUUGAAAUGAUAUUAUACGUACCUACGUAUCAUCCUUGAUUCGAUGAAUUUUGAAUGAUCGUAGAAUCGAUGUAAU